GACCGGGAAUCCCACAAUGCAACGCGGCGCAAACGCAGUUCUUUAUAAACACAUGGGUGCUUGGGCAAUUGUCUGCUAACGUUUUCUUGCAUUUGUAACGUGCCUACAUGUUUAAGUGCGUGUAUGUUUUUUCACUUCAUUGAUACAAUGAAAGUUAAAGUGUUGUCAAGGAAUCCUGACGAUUUCGUUCGGGAGACCAAGCUAGAUAUUCAGCGCGUUCCCAGAAACUACGACCCAACACUGCAUCCAUUUGAGCUGAGCAGAGAGUACACUCGGGCUCUGAAUGCCACUAAGCUGGAAAGGGUGUUUGCUAAACCCUUCGUGGCCUCCCUUGAUGGACACAGAGAUGGGGUAAACUGCAUGGCCAAACACACCAAGAGCCUCUCCACCCUGCUCUCUGGCUCCUGUGAUGGACAGGUGAAAGUGUGGAAUCUGACCAAGCAUGAAUGUGUGCGCACACUCCAAGCACAUGAGAGUUUUGUCCGGGGGAUGGUUGUCCGCUAUUGUGGAACUUCUUUUUUCACAGUUGGUGAGGAUAAAACAAUCAAACAAUGGAAAAUGGAGGCGCCAGGUUAUGGAGAGGAAGAGGAGCCACUUAAGACAAUCCUGGGCAAGACUGUGUUCACAGGAGUAGACCAUCACUGGAAGGAUGGUGUGUUUGCAACAUGUGGCCAGCAGGUGGACAUCUGGGAUGAGCAGAGAAGUAGCCCAAUUCGUUCUUUCACAUGGGGUGUAGACAGCUUCAGCUCUGUGCGGUUUAACCCUGUACAGACCGAACUUCUUGGGAGCUGUGCAUCAGAUAGAAGUAUAGUGCUGUAUGACAUGAGGGAAGCAGCACCACUUAAAAAGGUUAUAAUGACAAUGAGAACCAACACAUUAUCCUGGAACCCCAUGGAAGCCUAUUAUUUCACUUGUGCUAAUGAAGACUACAAUCUCUACACAUAUGACAUGAGGUUCCUGGAUCGGCCAAUUGUAGUGCAUACGGACCAUGUGUCUGCAGUGCUGGAUGUUGAUUACUCUCCCACUGGACAGGAGUUUGUAUCUGCCAGUUUUGACAAGACAAUUCGUAUCUUCCGCAAGGAUGGAAGCAACAGCAGGGAGGUGUAUCACACCAAACGCAUGCAACAUGUCAUCUGUGUAAAGUGGUCAUCAGACAGCAAGUACAUCUUGAGUGGGUCUGACGAAAUGAACAUUCGACUGUGGAAAGCCAGCGCCUCUGAGAAACUUGGAGUGCUGGUGCCUAGAGAGAGGCAGGCUGUCAACUACAAUCAGAAGCUGAAGGAGAAGUUCCAGCAUUUCCCACAAAUCCGACGCAUUGCUCGUCAUCGCCAUCUACCCAAGCUCAUCUACCGGCAGACCAAGGAGCUGAACAUAAUGAAGGAGGCUCGCCGUAGGAAGGAGAGGAACGUCCGUAAACACAGCAAACCUGGAAGCGUCCCUCCGGUUUCUGAGAAGGACAAACCUGUUGUUGCUGUGGUGCAGUAAGCACAGCUGGAGAAUACAAGGGCCAGGGACUUCCUUUAAGAGAUGUGGAGGAGGAUUUUCAGACUGACUUCAGUUAAUUCAUUUAUUAUUAAAGGUGACUUGUGAAUUAUGGCAAAGACUUUCAAACAGCAAGUUGUUCCAUUGUUAUAAGUGUAACACAGAUCUUUUAACAGACAUGUUCUGCUCCUCCGCCAGAAUUUAUUAUAUUGAUCUUAGUUCUUUUACACAGGUGGUAGUAUAACCUUCAUUCUUGGUUGUGUAUGUGAGCCUGGAUCUUGUCAUCACAGAAUUAACGACCAAAGCAAUUCAAGAAAAUAAUUAAAAACUGUUCAAAGAA